AUGCCGACCCCAACGGACACGGAGUAUGUCCUAUGCAGUUGGAAAGGCCACCCGUGGCCAGCGAAGGUUUUGUCCAGAUCUUGGACUUUGCCAAAAUAUAAGAGGAGAAGGGUGCUUUCUCUCAAAGUGCAGAUCCUCUCUGAAGGGGAACAAUUGAGCGUGAAGAGCAAAGACACGAGGGCCCUGAAUAAGUCGGACAUUGAAGCCCUGGCCACCUCGGCCCGGGCGUGGUCCAGGGCCACCGUGCCAUCGGGGGAGAAAAGAAGGUACAGAAGGGCCCUUAGAGUGGCGCUGGAGAUUCUGACUGACAAAGCCCGAUUGGAUCAAGGGAGAAAACCGGACGAACAAGGGACUGCCAAGGUGCCCGCAAAGGUCCCGCCAAAGCCAGCCAGCUCGCGACCUCCCAGAAAGCAUGGGAAAGGCAAAGGGCGCUUCUGGAGACGUCCCGGGCAAAGGGGACACCCGGGAUCCCUUUCGGCCGGCUCACAGAAGAGGCGUGACCUGCACGGUGAGAAGGCCCCGGUGCACAGGGUGCACACAGCCAGCGGCCGGUCUCCAGCCGAAAUGCAAGCGAACGCAUCGAAAGGCGCCCGCGUGCUCCCGCUUUGCCUGCCGCCUUCAGGAGGUGACCUUGAGGAAGAGGGCGUGGAAGAGGCGGGCCCCUCCGUCGGGGAGGAUGUGUGGGCGAAAGAGGAACAGCGGGCUGGGUCACCGCCGGCGAGACUCAUCGCCGCCGCCACCGCCGCCGCCGCCGUGCCCGAAGCUCAGCACCCAGAGGAGGGCGACACCUGCCCAGCGAGCCAGGCUGCUUCCCAGGAGAGCGCUGCCUUCGCGGAGAAGGCGGAGGGCCCCGUCGAGGGUGCCUCGAAGCCGGCCUCGGCAGGGGCGGCAGCGUCCUCCACCUGCCCUACCCUGCGCCUGCGUCGUGCCCUCCGUCUCGCCCACGCGGAAAGGACGCUCCGGGCGCCAGACGCGAAGAAAGGACUGCAGGGACGUCCGUGCCGCGCGCGCCCCAAGGCGAUGGACGCCGUGGCCACCACCGAGAGGGCUGGCGGUCGACGAGCGGGAAGAGCUGCACAAGGGGCCGUGGCACCGGAGCCCUGCCCGAUCAAAAGAGGGAUGAUGGUCUGGUUCAAGUUUCAGGACCACCCGUUUUGGCCCGCAGUGGUCAAGAGCGUCUGCAAAACGCAGAAGACGGCCAGGGUGCUCCUGAUCGAGGCGAACCUGCGCCGGGAACGGAGCGGCAUUCGGGUCCCUCUGCACAGACUGAAGCACCUGGAUUGCGAGGAGAAGGAGAAGCUCCUGAAGAGAGCCAGCAAAGCGUACCGGCAGAGCGUGAACUGGUGCUUGUCGCUGAUUGCCCACUACAGAGAGCGGGUCGGCCGGGGCUCUUUCGUGGGCUCCUUCCUGGACUACUACACGGCCGACGCCAGCUACCCCAUCCGGAAGGCCGUCCAAGAGGGGGACCUGGAGGUUGAUUUUCCAAAGGUGAAUUAUGCCGACCUGGAGGAUUCCGAGGAGGAGACCUCGGCGGGCGUGGGCGGGAGGAGGCCCUGCAGGAAGCUGCUCCCCGACCGCAUGAAGGCCGCCCGGGACCGAGCCAACCAGAAGCUGGUGGACUUCAUCGUGAAGAGGAGGGGCGCCGACCACCACCUCCUGGACAUCGUGAAGGGCAGGAAGCAGUCCAGGUGGCUGACGUCCUUUCUGAGUGCCAACCGGUACGUGAUCUGCAUCGAGACCUACCUGGAGGAUGAGGAUCAGCUGGACGUGGUCGUCAAGCAUCUGCAAGAAAUCUACCAGCAGACAGACCAGGCCGUGCUGGCUCUGAUAAGAGGAGAGAAAGUGAGAUUUCUUCUGGAGGUCCUUCUGCCAGAAGCAAUCAUUUGCUCCAUCGCCGCGCUGGACGGACUCGACCUCAAGGGAGCCGAGGAGAAGUACCUGCGAGGGCCGCCCGUGCGUCGCCGCGAGAAGGAACUGUUUGACAAGGAUAUCUUGAAGCAGGUGAGGAAGAGAUCGGAAAAAGCGAGAAAGGAGGUGAGGCCUCUUCCCGAGCCCGGCGCCUCGGCAGGGGCCUCCUCCUCUCCCUAA